AUGCGUCUCUCUAACCUCCUCCCACUCGCCCUAGCAGUGAGCCCGGUCGUGGUCUCCGCCGCUGGCACCUUCGGCUUUGCCAUGGGCGUCAAGAACGCCGAUGGAAGCUGCAAGACGCAGAAGGAUUUCGAGGACGACUUCGACGUCCUCAAGGCCCAUACGCGGCUAGUCCGGACGUAUUCCGCGAGCGACUGCGAUAACGCCCUGACUAUCAUUCCUGCUGCGAAGGCGAAGGGCUUCAAGGUUGUUCUUGGGAUUUGGCCCGAUGUGGAAACCUCCUUCAAAGCUGAUACUGCGAUUCUGAAGAAGGUAGUUAAGGGAAAUGAAGACAUUAUCUCUGCUAUCACUGUUGGCUCCGAGACGCUCUAUCGCGGCAACUUCACUGGCCCAGAACUCCUGGCGAAAAUCAAUGAUGUUAAGAAACAACUUCCCGGUGUACGCGUGGGCACUGCAGACAGCUGGAAUAAAUAUGAUGAUGGCACCGCUGAUGCCCUUAUCCAUGGCGGCGUGGAUUACCUGCUCGUCAACGCUUUCGCCUUCUGGCAGGGCCAGGAAGUCGGUAAUGCAACAGCCACCCUCUUCGACGACAUGGCCCGCGCCAUGGCCCACAUCCAGAAGGUUGCCGGCUCCCGCGCAAAGGAUAUCUACAUCGCCACCGGCGAAACGGGUUGGCCAACCGACGGCGGCUCCCACUAUGGCAACGCCCAAGCCGGCACGAGUAACCCGAAGACCUUCCACGACAAGGGCGUCUGCGCCCUACUCGCGUGGAACGUGGCCGUGUUCUUCUUCGAGGCGUUCGAUGAGCCGUGGAAGCCGGAUAGCGUGGGUGAUAAUGGCAAAGCCGCGAGCGAGAAGCAUUGGGGCAUGUACACGGCAGAUCGGAAGGCGAAGUAUCAGGUCCAGUGUUAG